AUGGCCGGCCUCCCACGCUCCUCGCCGUGUGGCGGGUUAUGGGGAGACUGCAACGUCACCACUGAUGAGAUACUGAGACGCAUCAACUCGCAGAAAACCAUUCAACCCAUCGACACCAGACCAUCGUACAGCAAUUUUGGGUUCGCCCUGCUUGGCCGUCUCCUUGAGGAGCUUGUUGGCGACAGCUUUGAAUCGUACGUCGAGAAGAACAUUCUCCAAUCGUUGAACAUGACCAACACCGGAUUCACGUUUACACCCGAGGUAAAAAGCAAGAUGGCUGUGGGCUACUUCGAUGGAACGGACCAACCUGCGCCUCUUUAUGAUCUGGGAUGGGAAGCUCCCGCAGGCCAGAUGUAUUCCACGGUGGAGGAUCUGUGCCACUUGAUGUCCCUCAUCUUCAGGGACAACUACACCGAGUACACGAUUCCAUCGCAGAUUCUUGACGGCCAGACCAUCAAGGAAUGGCUGAUCCCUCUCUACGACUCAGCUGCAGCCAAGUAUGGUCUUACCUCCAUGGGCAUGCCUUGGGAGAAUCUACUCUUGACCUAUCCAGGAAACCCAAACUACUGGCAAAAGGGAAAGAGCGGAGCGGUGUUUGGCUAUACUGCUGAAAUAAUGAUGAUCCCCGAACUCAAGCUUGGCGUAGCGGUGUUGAUGAAUGGCGGGCUUGGUGGACCGGCACUUACUGCAGCGCUACAGGCGAACGCUGUGCUGGUUCCUCCACUAACUCAGCUUCUGAGCCAAGUUCAAGUCCCUCCUGCCCUCCCGCCCCAUCCCCAGAACAUCGUUGGAUCCUACAAGGCAUACAACAAUGACCCGCUCCCCCCAAUCUUCCAAGGAAUCACUGCGGACGUGAGGUUGAUUCAGGAUGAGACCAACAGGACAAGGGUGCUCAUCACCAUCUACAUUGGGCAUGACACCACCCCAUUCUUCUCAGCCCUACUGGACUACUAUGAGGCCUUCAACAAGGACCCCAACCAGCUGAUCCUUCAAGUGGCCAUCUCCUCCACCCAUCCUGAUCUGUGUGAGGAGGUCCUUGGUGGAGGCAACCAACUGGUCUACUUCACCAUGAACCCCACAACUGGUGUGGCCACCACCUUUGAGCUAAAGGGGCUCUACUAUGGCUUCAUCUUUCAUCAUGCCUUGUGA